AUGCUUCAAAACAAGCUGGUGAUUGACGGCAUAAAGCUGUACAACUCGCCGUACUCGACAAAGGACGGCCAGACCGGCUAUCUGAACGGGCUGGCGUCGCGCUACGCCGACGACGUGCAGACGCACUACCAGGACGUGCUGCAGCAGCUGGACGUGCUGCGCCAGCAGGCGUGGCAGCAGGUGUUGGACGGCGAGGUGCGCGGCGGCGCGGGCGCGCCCCCGCUGAUGGCGCCUCCGCCGCCGCCGCCGCCGCCCCAGCAGCAGCAGCAGCCCGACCUGACGCAGUCGGCGCAGCCCAUCUACCAGCCGGGCCAGUACCUGCCGUCCAGCUGUCUGAGCGACAACGACGAAGACGAAAUAUACGGCUUCGGCUACGGCGUGUACGACAGCCGGGUGCUGAGCCAGCAGCACGCGCGCCGACAGGGGCUGCGCUCCGGCUCUCCCUCCUACGCCGUGCCCCAGGACUGCGCUGCAGACGGUGCGGCUGGCUGGCGGACGUUCGGCAGCAGCGGCAGCGGCGGCGCGGUCAGCCCGGCCGCCAAGAAGCGUGGCCGCCUCGGCAAGCUGUUCCGCACACUCAAAAUCAACCGGCACCGCAACUUCCCCAAGCUGGGCCGCACCAAGGUGAGAGAGGCGGCCGUGGACCGCUGGCCCCCGAGCCGGGCGUGCGUGGCGGCGUAG